AUGGUGGUGUGCCCCAACCUCAAGUCUAUCGUCGUGAACGAGUCAUUACCAUCAUCCGAGCCUUUGACGUGGCAGUACCGUUUGGCAAGCGAUCAGGACACCUUGCUCCUCAAGCAGCAGAUCGACACACUCAAGUUCAUCGCCUACGGUGUCGUGUCGUUUGUGAUCAUCGCUCUGGGCAUUGUGGGGAACCUCAUCAACCUGAUUGUGUUGACGAGGCCCAACCUCAAAGGCGUCACCUUCGUGUACCUCACCUGGCUGGCCACGUCGGACCUCUUGACGCUGGUCGUUGCUGUGUUCUCGAUGCUGAGGCUGCACGGCAUCCAGCCGCGCACGUAUUCUGCUGCCUUCUAUUUCGCCCACGUCGAGAUGCCGCUGGUGAACGCACUGAUGGCCAGCAGCGUCUUCAUUGUGGUGGCAGUCACCGUCGACCGCUACUGGUCCGUGUGUCUGCCGACGCGGUACCGGGAGUUCCACAACUCAAGACGUGCAAAGCUGGCCAUCGUAACGGCCUACCUAGCUGCCGGUUUUUUGUACGUGCCGGUGGCCUUCCAGAAAAGUCCAGUGCCGGUCUGGGACGAAUUUGCUAACCGGACUCAGUACGUACCGUGCGACAACAUCUCUGUUUCGCGGCAGCCUGUCUUUAAAAUGUACCUCCUGGUCAAAGAGGUCCUGGUGCGGAUAGGUCCGGUUCUCGUGGUGGCGGUGCUGAACACCACCAUCAUCCUUACCUUUCGCCGUUUCAUGCGCAAGCGCCAAACACUCAUGAACAACAGCAAUAGGGACACGGGAAAGUUCCUCGAAGAACAGCGUUUGGUCAUUCUCCUGGCGGCCAUUGUAAUUAUGUUCUGCGUGUGCAUGACUCCUGCAGCUGUUCUCACGGUGCUCAUCAGUGACGACAAGGAACUCAACUACGGCUUCCAGCUGUUCCGGGCCAUCGCCAAUGACAUGGAGAUGGCCAACUUUGCCAUGAACUUUUACGUGUAUUGUUUGUGCAGUUCAGAAAUACGGGACACCUUUCUGAGGUUGUUUCGCCUCAGUAAACCAUCGCCAGAUGUCAGCUACAUCUUGAACUCGAAGUCGCACUUUGACGCGAGCACACGCCUUUGA